AAGUAACUAGAAACCCUCGCCUUUUCGAAGUCUAAGCAGCGGAAGCGGCGGCAGGGAGAGAAGGGUACAGAGGGACGAAGGGAGCGCCGCCGGACCACCGGGAACAACUCGACGGACAUGGCGCUGAUGAUGGAGCCGGGGUCGGAGCCCCUGACGGAGGGCGAGAAGGCCGACCUGGUGGCCAUCGCCGUCAUCAAGGAGGAGGCGGCGCGCGAGUACAAGGAGCAGGGCAACCAGUUCGUCAAGAUGGGCCGCAAGCACUACGCCGAUGCCGUCGACUGCUACACCAAGGCCAUCGCCCAGAUAAGCCCUCCCUCUGCCGCAAACCCCGACGCCUCCGUCCUCUUCGCUAACCGCGCCCACGUCAACCUCCUCCUCGGCAACCACCGCCGCGCCCUCGACGACGCCGAGGAGGCCGUCCGGCUCUCCCCCUCCAACAUCAAGGCGCACUACCGGGCGGCAAAGGCCGCGCUUGCUCUCGACUUGUUGCCGGAGGCAGCGUCCUUCUGCCGGCGGGGGCUCGAGCAGGACCCCGCUAACGAGGAUCUCAAGAAAUUUCUGGCGCAAGUGGAGGCGCAACGGUGCGAGCGAGAUCGUCGAAGGGCCAAGGUUGCAAAGGCCGUCUCUGCAGCAAAGGAUCUUGCUGCUGCUAUAGAGAAGAGAAAGCUGAGGCUGGCGAAGGCAGCAUAUCAGGAGCUGACUGGUGUGAAGAAGCCUAAGCUGGAUGAGCAGGGCAUGCUUCAUUGGCCAGUUCUUCUGCUCUACCCAGAGGUCAUGUCGAGUGAUUUCAUUGAGGAUUUCCCAGAAACCGAUAUGUUCUCUCAGCACCUUGAUCUCAUGUUCUCAGCAAAUUCUCCACCUUUACCAUGGGAUGAGAGACAUGCUUACACAAGGGAGGCUAUUGAGUUGUAUUGUGAGGCUGGUACUGGCACACCUUUGUCCAAAAGUGAAAUAUUAAAACAUCUUCUGGAAGGCACCGUAGACGCAAGGUCACUUCCAGAAAACCUUGAUGCGGAGGAUGGAGAACAUGAUACUGGAAAGGGCAGCACUGUUACACCAUCAAGUAAGUGGGUCAAAGUAAAAGAAGGACAAACUCUUCAACAAGCCCUGCAGCAUAAAGACUACAUCAUCCCGGCAAUACCUGUGUUCUAUGUUGUUUCAAGAAAGUCCACAUUUUACUCGGAGUUCAAGGCUGGUAAUUGGUCUUUGCCGUAGAGCUGCUGCUGGGUGGUUCAACUCAACAUAUCUGGAAGAAGCUGCAGUGUGUAUGGAUAUGAUCAGGAAUAGAAUCUGGCAAAUCUUUGAUUUUUGUGUUUUAGAUGUUACUUCCGAGAAUGAGCUAUGCUAUGUAACAACGCUGAUGUGUUUUCCCACCGUUCUGCUCGCAUGCCCAAAGGAGCGUUUCCAGAAAAAUAGACACAAAGUGUAACUGGACAUGAAUUUUAGCUGUGAACCAAAUAUAGCGUCUGAGAUUUGUUGUCGUUGAAA